GUGAUGGAUGAGAUCAAGGCAGGCAUCCAGUAUGCCUUCCAGACGCAGAACCAGCUGACUCUGGCCAUCAGCGGCACCGGCCACUGCGCCAUGGAGGCUGCCCUCUUCAACCUCCUGGAGCACGGCGACAUCGCACUGGUGGCCGUCAACGGCAUCUGGGGACAACGUGCCACCGACAUCGCCAGGAGGUUGGGAGCCAAUGUCCAUGAGCUGCUGAAGCCCCCAGGUGAAUACUUCACUCUGUCGGACAUCGAGGAGGGCUUGGCAUGGCACAAGCCCUCGGUGCUCUUCAUCACCCAUGGCGAGUCCUCCACCGGGGUGCUGCAGCCGCUGGAGGGGCUGGGCGAGCUGUGCCACCGGCAUGGCUGCCUGAUGGUCGUGGAUGCGGUAGCAUCGCUCGGGGGAGCCCCCAUCUUCAUGGACCAGCAGGAGAUCGAUGUCCUAUAUUCGGCAUCUCAGAAAGUCCUCAACGCCCCUCCUGGCAGUGCCCCCAUCUCGUUCAGUGAGCGAGCCAGGGAGAAGAUGCUGAGGAGGAAGACGAAGCCCCCGUCCUUCUACCUGGACAUGGGCUGGCUGGCAAACUACUGGGGCUGCGACGGGGAGCCACGAAGAUACCACCACACGGCACCCAUCAACAGCUUCUUCAGCCUGCGGGAAAGCUUGGCCAUGCUGGCGGAGCUGGGUCUGGAGAGCUCUUGGGAACGCCACCAGGCCAACUGCAUCCAGCUGUGCCAGGGGCUGUGCGACCUGGGGCUCGAGCUCUUUGUGAAGGAGGAGAAGGCAAGACUUCCCACGGUCACCACUGUCAAGGUGCCCGAGGGCUACGACUGGAAGGAGAUCACAGCCUUUCUCAUGGACAACCACGCCAUCGAGAUCGCCGGUGGCCUGGGCCCCUCAGUGGGCAAGGUCCUGCGAAUCGGCCUCAUGGGCUGCAACUCCACCAGCGGCAACGUGGACCGUGUGCUGCGUGCCUU